GGAGGAAGCGACAUGUUUCGGAAGAGAAGGACAUCGCUUUGAGACAACUUUGGGGAUUUUAUUUUAAUUAACCUAAACUGCUGUUGCUCUCACGAAAAAAAGAUGUUUAUUAUGAGAAGGUAGUGGCUGCUUGUGUCAGACUUUAACUGCUUCCCGUCAUUUGGCUGCAGUUCAUGCUGCCCUGUCUGUCGGGCACUGAAAACACUGAUAGCUCAUUCAUAGUUGUGGACAUUUUUGUAAGGCUUUAAAAUAUGAACUUUGCAAGGCGUUUAGUGUGCAGAAAGGGGGUCUUUCAUCUUAGUAAAUUACAUGUGGUUUCACGGCCUGGGAACCAGAGGAGACAGCUCCGGACCUCCAGCAGGUCCAUGACUGUCAUGCCUGCCUGGGUCAUUGAUAAAUAUGGCAGCAAUGAUGUGUUGAGGUUUACUAGAAAUGCAAGUUUUCCCACGAUCAAUUACCCCAAUGAGGUUAUUAUCAAGGUGUUUGCUGCAGGACUGAACCCACUUGAUGUCGGCAUGAGAGCUGGCUACGGUUCAGCAACGAUGUCCAUGCAGCGAGACCCUCUGGGGAUGAACCAGUCCGGCAGCGAGUUUCCGCUCAUCCUGGGCCGGGACGUGUCCGGGGUCGUCAUGGAGUGCGGCCUGGACGUGAAGUACUUCAGGGAGAGAGAUGAGGUGUGGGCGGCCAUCCCACCAUGGAAGCAGGGCAGCUUGGCUGAGUUUGUGGUACUCAGCGCCAACGAGAUUUCCCUCAAACCAAAGUCGCUGAGCCACACGGAGGCGGCGGCUCUCCCCUACGUGGCCGCCACCGCCUGGUCUGCACUGGUCAACACCGGCGGACUGAACAAAGACAACUGCACCAACAAGCGGGUCUUGAUUCUGGGGGGGUCCGGCGGUGUGGGAACAUUCGCCAUACAGAUGCUGAAGGCGUGGGGCGCCCACGUCACUGUCUCCUGCUCCCUGAACGCCGAGCGCUUUGUGAGGGAGCUCGGGGCCGACCACACGGUGGACUACACCGCGGGGCCGGUGGAGGAGCCCCUCAGGGCCCUGCAGAAGUACGAGAGUCCCACAGCUUCAGUGUUUGACCUGAUCCUGGAUAACGUCGGGGGCGACACGGAGCGCUGGGCGCUGGCUCUGCUUAAACCCUGGAGCGGUGCCAAGUAUGUCACGCUGGUCACGCCCUUCCUACAGAACACGGACCGGCUGGGGCUGGCCGACGGCAUGAUGAAGACGGCCGUGACGGUGGGGAGCAAAGCCCUCAAGAUUCACGAUUUUCCUUCUAGAAGGAAUUCCAGAUACAAACCACCUGUAGAGGUACUUCAAAACAUCUCGGAUUCCAGAACUUCUCAUCGCACAGCUGGUAAAUACUGCAGAUACUCAUGUGUGACGAGGCGACAGGGCUUGUCACGUCGGCCCUCGGACUCAAACCAAGCACCUGAUGAACGGAGUCCACUACCGCUGGGGAUUCUUCGCGCCCAGCGGCCCGGCGCUGGACGAGGUCCGAGACAUGGUGGACGCCGGCCAGAUCCGGCCGGUGGUGGAGGAGACGUUCAGCUUCUCGCAGGUGCCAGCGGCCAUGGAGAAGGUGGAGAAGGGUCACGCUCGAGGGAAAACGGUGGUGCAGGUCGGCCAGGGAGGAGACGACUUGUAGCACCGAGCCGCUGCACGCCUGCAUUUGUACAUAAGACUGUUGGACUAAAGAACGGACACGCUGGGAUUCAUGGGAAUAAAAACACUUUUGAAUGUAUUUGCUGAAGCAACCAAAGAUCCUGACUGAGAUUUUUUUUCCUUUCUGUUCGGCCUCUUCGGACCUUUUUAACUGAUUUUUUUUGUUUUGUUGCCAUUUUAACUGUUUGGCCUGUUUUUGCUCCAUUCAUGACAUUUUGACCACUCUUUUCUUUCUUUUUUUUUUAAAUUUAAUAGCUUCAGAAUUUUUUUUUACAAUUUUAGCCUGGAGAGUCUUUUUGAAAAUAAGCCAGGUGUGGAAACACUGAGCUGCACUGUGAGCAUAAAGCGAAUCAUAUUUGAGGCCUUUUGUUCUCCCUCCGUUCGGCAGCUGCACACACUCCCUCACAGACGGCGAGCGCAGAGCUGCAGAUGGAUCUGAUGACCUCCAGCUGUGCUCGGUGUCACGUUCUUCACUUUCCUUUGUCCUCGAUAACUUAGAAAAUAAAGAUCCUGAUG